UAGAGAUAGAAUCACGGUCAAAGGUCUAAAAAUCUGAUCUAAACUUGUCUCACUGGAACGCUGUUGUGGGUGUAAUCAGUGGUUGUUUGGUGCUCCUACGAUAUCGGAACAGUUCCAAGAAUCGUCAACCAAUCUGAAUAACUUUAAAUAAAUGGAUACUAAUGAUAUUAAAACACUCCAUCAGUGUGGUGUAUGCGAUGAGAUUUUCCAACAAUAUGAUGAUUUAGAAAAACACAAUAAAAUGCAUGUUAAAGAAGAGAAAAAUGAUGACGUAGAUGAAUAUUGUCAUGUUCAAUUUAAUGUUGAAGCAGAGAAAACUGAUAAUGUAAAUGAAUAUUGUCAUGUUAAAGAAGAGAAAACUGAUGAUGUAGAUGAAUAUUGUCAUGUUAAAGAAGAGAAAACUGAUGAUAUUGAAACUGUUUAUCAGUGUAAAUUGUGCCAUAAAGAAUUUAGAUUAGAAACUGAUUUAGAAAAACACUGUGAAAUACAUGUUGAAGAAGAGGAUUCUGUUUUACAACAUGGUAAAAUUUGGGAGAAGCGUUUUGGCUGGAAAGACCAACUUCAAGCAGAUACAAGUACUCAAACUGGUCAAAAGCCAUAUAAAUGUGAUGUUUGUAGUAAAUCAUUUACUCAGAAUUGUAAUUUACAAAAACACACAAGAAUUCAUACAGGUGAAAAACUUUUUAAAUGUGAUACUUGUGGAAAAUCAUUUACUCAGAAUGAUACUUUGCAGUACCACAUGAGAAUUCAUUCUGGAAUAAAACCUUAUAAAUGUAAUGUUUGUAGUAAAUCGUUUACUCAGAAUUCUCAUCUACAAAAACACACAAGAAUUCAUACUGGUGAUAAACCUUUUGAAUGUGAUACUUGUGGAAAAUCCUUCGUUCAGAUUAGUGAUCUUCAGAUUCACAUGAGAAUUCAUUCUGGCGUAAAACCUUAUAAAUGUGAUGUUUGUAGUAAAUCAUUUACACAGCAUUCUCAUCUACAAAAACACACAAGAAUUCAUAGUGGUGAGAAGCCUUAUAAAUGUGAUACUUGUAGUAAAUCUUUCACACAGAGUGGAACUCUACAGUCACACAUGAGAAUUCAUACUGGUGACAAACCUUAUAAAUGUGAUGUUUGUAGUAAAUCAUUUAGUCUAAAUUAUAAAUAUAUA